GUUGCGCGGGCGCCCGCCGGCGGAGCGCGAGAAGCCGGGACAGCGCACCUGGGCCGGCCCCGGCGACAUGGAGGACGGCGUGCUCAAGGAGGGCUUCCUGGUCAAGAGGGGCCACAUCGUCCACAACUGGAAGGCUCGCUGGUUCAUCCUCCGCCAGAACACGCUGCUCUAUUACAAGCUGGAGGGGGGUCGGAGAGUGACCCCUCCCAAGGGCCGGAUCCUCCUGGACGGCUGCACCAUCACCUGUCCCUGUCUGGACUAUGAAAAUCGUCCUCUCCUCAUUAAGCUGAAGACGCGGACAGCCACCGAGUACUUCCUGGAAGCAUGUUCUCGGGAGGAGAGGGAUGCCUGGGCCUUUGAGAUAACAGGGGCUAUUCACGCAGGGCAGCCGGGGAAGGUCCAGCAGCUCCAUAUCCUGCAGAACUCCUUCAAGCUGCCCCCUCACAUCAGCCUGCAUCGCAUCGUGGACAAGAUGCAUGACAGCAGCAGCGGGAUCCGCUCAAGCCCCAACACAGAGCAAGGAAGCACCUACAAAAAGACCUUCCUAGGCUCCUCCCUGGUCGACUGGCUCAUCUCCAACAGCUUCGCCGCCAACCGUCUGGAGGCCGUGACCCUGGCCUCCAUGCUCAUGGAAGAGAACUUCCUGCGGCCAGUAGGUGCCCGGAGCAUGGGAGCCACUCGCUCCGGGGAUUUGACGGACCAGUUUCUGGAUGACUCCACGGCCCUGUACACUUUCGCUGAGAGCUACAAGAAGAUAAGCUCCAAAGAAGAACUCAGUCUCAGCUCUGUGGAGCUGAGUGGAGAAGUGGUGAAACAGGGCUAUUUGGCCAAGCAGGGGCACAAGAGAAAGAACUGGAAGGUGCGUCGCUUCGUGUUGAGGAAAGAGCCAGCUUUCCUGCAUUACUACGACCCGUCCAAGGAAGAGAACAGGCCAGUGGGUGGGUUUUCCCUGCGUGGUUCACUUGUGUCUGCUCUGGAGGACAACGGUGUUCCCACUGGGGUUAAAGGGAACGUCCAGGGCAACCUCUUCAAAGUGAUUACUAAGGAUGACACACACUAUUACAUCCAGGCCAGCAGCAAGGCCGAGCGGGCAGAAUGGAUUGAAGCCAUCAAGAAGCUAACAUGACAGCCAGCCGUGGAACAGACCCAGGACUCCUCCCACGCGACCGGACGAACUUCCUGGAGAAUGGGCGUGUGCCGGGACUUGCGAGGGAAACAUUUCAAACUGCUUAGGAGUGUUGAAGAGCCUCCUUGGAUCACACACGGCAGUGCUUCUACCGUCUUCCCUAUCUUCAGAAGCCAAGCCACGUGGAAAGGCGAGGCCAGGCUGCAGGUGUGAGACGCUGGGCUUCGGCCCACCCCCAACGGCCAUGCCCCGGGUUCCUUUGUUGGACACUGAACACUGGCCGUGCUGUGCCUUAGGUAAUAGUCUCAUGCGGCUUUCUCUGACAUAGUGUCAACGACUUCACUAUUUACAAUGAAUAAAAAACUGACACUUUUGGUUA